AUGGGGGCGCGCCCCUGCAAGAGUCCAAAGCAGAGUCCAAAGACUCCAAAGCAACCCCAAAAAGUCCACGAAGUCCUCCAAGUCAAUCCAAAGUUGCUGGUGCAAGUCUCGAUUUCUGGUGAAGCACGAAACUCGGACCAGAGUUUGCCGUAUAUAUAUAUUAUAUAUAAAGGAAGGACACUCUCCAUCUCUCCAACGGAAAGACUCUCCAAAGUCAAAAACUCACGAAAUGGACGGCCCAGUCGCAGACUCGCAGCACGACAAUCCAAGUCAAAAUGGUUCGGACUCCCCAGUAUUCUUAACUCGCUUUCGGGAACGUGAAGUUAGCCGGACCGCUUCCCCAUAUCGAGCAGCUGAGGCCAUCGACCGCCAAGGAUAUGCGUGGCCCUCCAAAGGAACAAAGGAGCGCAAGGAAGAGUCGGAACAGGAGCGCGAGGCGCGGCUGGAGAAAAUGGCCGGAGCAAUAAAGACAUUGCUGGAGUGUGUGGGGGAAGACCCGGAACGCGAUGGGGUGGUCAAGACGCCUAUGCGUUAUGCCAAGGCGCUGAUGUUCUUCACGCAAGGAUAUGAGGCGAAUCUACGCGAUAUCAUAAAUGACGCUGUGUUCGAAGAAGACCACGAUGAAAUGGUCAUUGUGAAGAAUAUCGAUGUGUUUUCUCUAUGUGAGCACCACAUGGUGCCUUUUGUUGGGAAGGUCAGCAUAGGGUACCUACCAAACAAGCGGGUCCUAGGUCUGAGCAAACUGGCCCGAAUCGCCGAGAUGUUCAGCCGGCGUUUGCAAGUACAAGAGCGUUUGACGAAGCAAAUAGCAAUGUCGUUGAUGGAGAUCUUACGACCUGGUGGUGUCGCUGUGACAAUGGAAGCAUCACACAUGUGCAUGGUGAUGCGCGGGGUUCAGAAGCCGGGAAGCAGCACAGUAACAAGUUGCAUGCUUGGCGCUUUCAGAGACGAUCCCAAAACUAGAGAAGAGUUCUUACGGCUGAUUCGAUCGCAAGGAUUAUGAAAACACUGGCAGAUGUCUUUGUUGUACAUAGGUUAAUACGGGGACAGACGUGGAAGGCAGCUGGCCCCUUCUAGUCACUCCGUCACAUUGUUUCACUCAUCGGCUCAGUUCAGAGUAGGUCUAGUUACUGAAAGUAUUUAUAUGAACUGUGUACAUAUGAACGUGCGGGUCCCACAAAAUGACAAAAAAACGUGGCACGAAACCGAGGACGUUCAAAGAUCUCUCCUG